GCAAGCUACUCUGCGCCGGCCACACCCUCGGCCCCCACGGGCGGGAGGCCGUUGCUAUCGAAACGCGCGGCUCCGGGAAGCGGGCGCAGAACCCUUCCGCCUCGGUGUGUGUCAUGGGACAGGAGGUCACGGGGUCAGCCGGCCGCUCCGCUCGUCCGGGGCGGGCCUCGAGUUCCGUGUCUGGUUGCUGGGAGCCGCGCCCGGUGCUCCGGACCCGGGGCUGCUCCAGCUGUUCCUGUGCGGGAAGUGCCCCGUGCCAGGUUUCCAGUAAGUAACAUUGCAAACAGUACUUGAGAGAUAUGACCCACUGGUUUCAUCGCAACCCUUUAAAGGCUACAGCCCCUGUCACGUUCAAUUUCUAUGGGGUAGCCAGCAGUCCUGCUGCAACAAAGAUUUGCAAUGACUUAAGAUCAUCCAGGGUACGACUCUUGGAGCUAUUUACUGAUUUGAGUUGUAAUCCAGAAAUGAUGAAGAAUGCAACUGAUUUGUACUUUUCACUCUUGCAAGGCUUUAUAGUCUCGCUGGAUAACUCUUCCCAAGACUGCAAGUUGCGAUAUAUUCAGAAUUUUAAGUGGACAGACACAUUACAAGGACAAGUUCCAAGUGCCCAGCAGGAUGCUGUGUUCGAACUGGUUUCCAUGGGAUUUAACGUGGCUCUAUGGUACACAAAAUAUGCAUCGAGACUGGCUGGAAAAGAAGAUAUAACAGAAGAUGAAGCAAAAGAUGUUCACAGAAGCUUGAAGAUAGCAGCUGGGAUUUUUAAACAUUUGAAGGACAGCCAUAUCCCCAAGCUGAUUACACCUGUAGAAAAGGGAAGGGAUUUAGAAGCUCGACUUAUAGACUCCUACAUCAUCCAGUGCCAAGCUGAAGCUCAAGAAGUGACAAUUGCCCGAGCUAUUGAGCUGAAACACAAUCCUGGUCUGAUAGCUGCUCUGGCCUAUGAAACAGCCAAUUUCUACCAAAAAGCUGAUCAAAUGUUAUCCAGUUUGGAUCCAGCAUACACUAUUAAAUGGAGAAAGUACUUACACUUGAAGACAUGUUUCUAUAUGGCUUAUUCAUAUUGCUACCAUGGUCAAACGCUACUGGCCAGCGAUAAAUGUGGAGAAGCAAUCCGAUCUCUGCAGGAAUCAGAAAAAUUUUUUGUCAAGGCUGAAGCAUUAUGCAAAGAAUAUGGUGAAACCAAAGGGCCUGGGACUACUGCCAAACCCUCAGGCCACCUCUUCUUUAGGAAACUAGGAAGUCUGGUUAAGAAUACCCUAGAAAAAUGCCAGAGAGAAAAUGGAUUCAUUUACUUUCAGAAAGUGCCACCCGAGCCUCCUCAGCUGGAGCUGAAGGCGAACUAUGGCCUAGUAGAGCCCAUUCUUUUUGAAUUUUCUGCCUUGCAUGCACACUGGACCCCUGAAACACUGGCUGCAUUUGAUCUCACCAAGAGGCCAAAGGAUGACAGUGCUAAACCAAAACCAGAGGAAGAAGUGAAACCUAUGAAAGAACCAGAUAUAAAGCCUCAAAAAGACAGUGGAUGCCAGAUCUCUUAAACACCAUAAGUGCUUUGAAUUCCUUCUACAAGUUGUAUUUAAUGAACUCUGGGGCUUUCAUUUCAGAUCCCCUUUUCUAAUUCUUCUUAAUCCUAAAGUUUAAUUUACUGAUUUAUGUUUAGUAAAAGUCUCUUAAUUGAGAAUGUGGCUGGAUUUAUAAAUGAAAUUAUUUAUAGCCAUGCUUUUUUGUUUGUUUGUUUUUGUUUGAUGGGACCUCAGAAUGAGCUUAUGCUUAUAGAAAGUGUUUUAAGUUUAGGUGGUGGUUCUUGGCUAGCUUCUAUACAGAGAAUAGCAUACUGGAGUUAGUAUUUCCCACCAUAGGAAAGGGUGGUAAAGUUAAGGAUAUGGUUUCUUUCCAUGAGAUUUAAUUCUUUACAUACUACUUAGUGUCAAGUGCCCAGAAUAAAAAAGAUACAAAUGGAAAUUUGCCAGAAGCAAUCUUCUAGUCGUGGUUGUUCCAAAGGCUUAAAACCCUGUCUCAUUCCCAUUCUCUUUAUUCUGAUAAAUAAGAAAAGUAAUUCUCAUUUGGGCUUUAUCCAUGUGGAAACUUCUAUAGUGAAGUCACUUCCCUAUACUUCAGAAGCAGAAUUUCUCCAUAAUCCAAAGGCAGUUUAUACUCGGUUGAAACAACUGGACACUCCAUUCUACUUCACUUUAAAUCAGGUUUCCCUAUACCCAAGUUCAUAGUAACCUGCUUCCUCUGUAGCUUAAAGAAAAGGAGUACUUUUACUUAGAGACUAACAAAUUUAUUUGAGCGUAAGCUUUUGUGAGCUACAGCUCACUUUAUUGGAUCAAACCUGAAACCUCUGUAGCUUGUUUAUUUUAUCCAACCUGCUUACUUUUAAGCCUUUUCAUCUCAAACUGCGAGUCUGCUGGUGGCAUGGGAGAAUGAGGCAGCAAGUAAGUGGAAAAAAUCUUAAAAUGAAUAUAUCAUGGUGUCAGACUUUUUCAGAAUUUGAAACUCUGCAAGGUCCAGAAUGAUUGGAUUAUGGAUACUUAAAAUUCAGUGGCUUCAUAGAACUCGAAUGAAUGCAUUUAGCUGUCAUUAAUGUGCUGUAUUUUCAGUUGGGUAAUACCUGCUGUGUCAAUGGUGUCAGAGACAAUGAGUAUUGCUGGUGUUUUAGCCCAAAGGAGACCCAUAUCUAGAUCUCCUUUUUCUCAAACAUAAAUGGCAUCUUCUCCCAGCUUCCUUAAUGGCUAUCUGAAAACAGCACCUUGAUAAAGAGCAGUUGUGGAAAAAAUGACCCCAGGCAAGACUGAAGCUGAUUGGAAGAGGGAAGUGCUCUGAAGAACUUUGUUCUUUCUAUACCUUUCCCCACUGUUGAGGACUUUUAUACUCUCAGACAAGUUAGUUUGCAGCCUUGGUGUCCUAUGGGCAUUCAGCAGUAAUGAGUUCAAUACAACUGUGACAACAAAAACAUCUAUUUUCAUUUGUAACUGGUCAGAAGAUUGCCUGGCACACACAACUAGUCACAGUGAUCCUUGUGUGUAUGUAUGUCUUCCAGGCUUGAGCUUUGCAAGUCAUUACAUCUAGGAAUGAAGCUACACACCUUGAAAAAGCUUCACCUGAUGAUAAACACAGCAACCCAUAUGGUUAGCAUCGCAGAUUACAAGGAAAGUAUGCUCCAGUGCUCUGCUGUCGCCAUUCAGUACAGAGUCCAGUUCAAUGACUCUGACUUGAUAUUAAAAAUCUUCUGUGGGACUGGAUGUAGCUACCUGGCAGAUCGUGACUUUCCACAACAGCUGGAGCGAAGAAGCUGCUGACCAAUAAUAGGCAAUUUAUGAAGUUGGGAAACUGAACUUUCACAAAAACUGGUCUGGACCAGGCAACUCAUUGCUACAAGAGAUAUGAAUGAUUGUGGUGCUAACCAGUAUGGACAGAUCAGAUGCAAAACUCUUUUCAAUUUCAUAGAAUAUCAGGGUUGGAAGGGAUCUCAGGAGGUCAUCUAGUCCAACCCCCUGCUCAAAGCAGGACCAAUCCCCAAUUUUUGCCCCAGAUCCCUAAAUGGCCCCCUCAAGGAGUGAACUCACAACCCUGGGUUUAGCAGGCCAAUGCUCAAACCAAUGAGCUAUUCAUCUUCCGGUUUCCUGCAUAAUUAUAGGGGCCAUUUUAGGAUCUCCCACACUGGUAGUGGUGAUGGAGUUGAAGAUGGAGGAUGGGGGUAGGAAGUAGGACAAAUACGUGUUGUUGCCAAAAAUUCAAUUUAUUUUAAAGUAUAUUCUAUCCUUACAGUUACGUGGCUUUCAUUUUACUGAAGGAUAAGCUGAUUAGCUCCAUGCUCCCACUCCUCCUAAAUUUGCAAUAUGUACUCUGUUACUCUUUUUUAUUCUUAAUAACCUGUAUCGAGGCAUUUUUCUACUGACCUACAAUUUUAUCUCCUCUAAUCAAAGUUUAAGAUUUAAUAAAACUCAGUUUUCUCUUAAUCCCUGCUGCUGACUAUUGCACAGAUUCGCCUAACUGUUUUUAUUUUCCUGCAUAUGUGUGUUCAUGAUUUGUACCUGCAUUAGUGCAUUUGACCAUGUGUGUGCUGUAGCAUACAAGUUUUUUCCUAAAAUCCAAAUCUAUAGUUUUUGUGUAACCAUUGUCCAGAUCUUCCCCCAAAACCCUUCCAAAAGCUUAUUUUAUGAACUUGCAUAUUUACUGGCAUUUGGACCCUGGCAUUGUAUUAUCCCCUACUUUCUGGAACUAAGUGGCUUGUUUGAUUGAAAUUCACUGUAAAUGUACAUUGUGGCUGUGUAUAACUCAAGUGUUAGAUAGUGGCAUUACAUAAGCCAGGCUGUAACCUUGUGCUGGUCCCAGGCUGUAGCUGUUUUCAGUAACCACAAGACAGUAGCUUUAAAAACUGAUUAAAGGAAUGAGUUUGUGCUCUUAAACUUUGCUGCUUCUCAAGACUUACUUUUGUUUACUUGUAUUUUAAAGCCUAUGGUAUUUAGUGAGUAGUCUUGCUUGGGGGCAAGGAAUAUAUGCAGUGUUAUAGCUAUGUCAGUACUGGGAUAAUGAGACAAGGUGGGUGAGAUAAUAGCGUUUAUUGGACCAUCUUCUAUUUGGUGAGAGAGACAAAGUUUUUGAGCUUACACAGAGCUCUUCUUCAGAACUGGGAAAGUAAAUAAAUGUCACAGCUAAAUACUGUGACACUCUUAGUACCUUUCCCAGCCUGAAGAGCUCUGUGUAGCUUGAAAGCUUUUCUCUCUCACCAACAGAAGUUGGUCCAAUAAAAGAUAUUACCUCACCCACCUUGGCAAGGAAUAUAGACAUUUUAGUCUGAAAAUAAGUAGAGGAUGCUAUUCUGUAAUGGGUGAUCCUUUUGAGUUGUUAUGAAGCGGGAAGAUAUUGUUAAGAUAUUUAAAUAGACACUCCGUUCUUUGAGUUAACUAUUCCAUUUGCUCAAGCAUUUAGAAAGUCUAAUUGGGGGGCUUCAAUCGGUCUGCACAUAUACGUGUAUAGAAUACAUUUCCUUCUGCUAAGGUUUCCUUUAGUAAUUUUUUAAAAGAUAAUGUAUUUCACAAGGUGACUUUUUAAUAUUUAUUAACAUCAGCAUUACUAGGCCUCUGCUUUCUUACAAUGAGGACAUGGUUUUAGUGAUGGCCUCUAUCUGUGGGUGCAAUUUUACUUUUAGUUACACCCAGAAAAAAAAAUUGAUGUAAACAUCUGAUGUCUGACUUGAUACUUGUGCUCGCACUUCACAGUGGAGGCAAAAUUUGAAGCCACAAAGAAGUCGGACACUAGAAUAUUAGCUGAACAUCAGGAUCUUGGUGUUUUUGUCCUUUUAAAAUAUUUAACGUGAGGGAUCAUAAUAGCUUAAUAAUUAAAGCAAGACAUGUCCUUUAAUAGGAAAAUAUUCUAAACUCGUUUAAUACACUUAUGAUGCGUCUUACUCCAUGGUCCAUGUUGUUAGGUUAAUAUGAAAUGUAAUCAUUUAGCACGUAAUACUCUGUACAUCCAAAGGACUAAAUCAGGUCCUUGAAUGUGCAUGCGCAUCUCUCAUGGGCUUCUGUUGGAGUCUUGUAUGUGCAUCCAAGUGCAGGAUUUGGUCCAUUUAUGUAUUUAGUAAGACUAAUUGGCUGAUAUACCAUGACAAUACAAUAUCUGUGCAUAGUCUAGGAAAGCAAGCAGACACUUGUUUAUGUACAGUAUUGUAUAGCCAACUUUGCACUUUAGAAAUCUAAUCAUUCAUUUUCAUUACUGUACAAUGUGCUUGUAAAUACUCCUUUAUUUUUGUUUCUGUUGUACUGAUUGCUGCAGUCUGAUACUAGUGAGAUUUUAUGGGAAAACAUUAAAAUUAAAAUUAUUGUCCAUUGUAUGUAUAAAAUAAACUGUUAAUGCAA